AAUACGUCAGAGCUGCGCGCGCCGAUGUUUAGCUUUACAACCCUGAAGGAUCAGGUUAAAAAGUUUGCUUUGUUGUUGUUUUUGUGGUUUGUUUGUUUGCUGUUAUAUUGCUAAUUGAUCAUCUCGAUAAAAUGUAUAUUUCAGUCUGAGACCGAAGGCAGGGGAUAUGAUGUAGCUAACGAAGCUAAACUAUUCAUUGUUUGUUUUUCACUUGCUAGUUCGCUAGACAUUAGAUAAUAUCAGUGUUUACAACAACUGGCUGGCUAAGGUUUCCAGACAACUAUACCGAAUUCACGGGCAUAAUUUGUACGUAUAGCAAUGUCGUGCACCCUGGAAAAGGUGUUGUCUGACGCUCGGACUUUGCUGGAGCGAUUAAAGGAUCAUGACACUGCAGCCGAGAGCCUAAUAGAGCAGUCCAGUGCUCUCAACCAGAGAAUACACUGCAUGAAGGAAGUCGGAAAUGCUCUUCCUGACAAGUACAUGGAAACAAUUCCAGGUUAUCAGGAGCUGUCUAAAUCCAAACCGCACAUUCUCUUGACCCAGGAGAACACCCAAAUCAAGGAACUUCAGCAAGAGAACAAAGAGCUUUGGCUUUCUUUGGAAGAGCACCAGUAUGCUCUGGAGUUGAUCAUGGGCCGAUAUCGGAAACAAAUGCUUCAGCUGAUGAUGGAAAAGAAGGAGAUGGAUACCAAGCCUGUGCUCAGCCUUCAUGAGGAUCAUGCCAAGGAGGUGCAGAGCAAGCUGGAGAGGAUUUGUGAGAUGGGCCAGGUGAUGCGCAGAGCUGUACAGGUGGAUGACCAACACUACUGUUCUGUGAAAGAGAGACUGGCUCAGCUGGAGAUCGAGAACAAGGAGCUGCAUGACCUCUUGGCCAUCAGUAAGAAUUUAUUAAAACCACAGCGAGAAGAGGCAAGCCAGCCAGACCCAGAGCCCAAACCCAAAGUUACUGACAAAGAGUGAUGAUGUCUGGAGACAUGAAACGUUGCUUUGCUUUAUGGCUACAGUUCAGUGCAAUGUCUGUCGUACCCUCUCAGGUCACCUGUUGCUGUACAUGUGUGUUGUGGCUUUUUCGGUCUUGACUGACGGUCUUGACUGUCAGUUUUCUUACCCACUGAAUAGAGUUUUAGAGGGAAUGUUGUAUUCUGUCUCAGGAAAGACGUACAGCCUCUGUUUGUCUGUUUAAACAGAAGGCAAAUCUAUGACAAAUUGAAAUUUUCAUGCAACCUGAAAUUAACCUCAACACAGAGUGCUUUGCAAAAGUAUUUAAUCCUGUGGCACAAUAUGAUGUGUUGACAUGGAAACAAAUUAUUAUUUCAUUCUUAGCCUGAAUAAUUACUGAAUUAUUUUCUGUUAAGUGCAUUUUGACAAUCCUCUUUGGCAUUUUUUUUUUUUAAACAUUUUUUGAAUAACUUCAUUAUUCCUCCCAGACUGUGGGUUAUUCAUAUUUAGGAAAAGAGGAGAAAGAAGCCAGUACAACUUUGUAAGGACACACCAACCUUAGUCAGAGUAGUGACUUGUGAUGAUUUGAGGUAUCCAGUCAGCAUAUUAGAGGACUGAAUAUAUUUGCAGCCUUUAUUGUUCAGUUUAUUAAAAAACAAAUCUCUCACUUUUAUUCAGCAUAACCUUGUUUCCCUAAAAAUAUGUAUUUUAAUGAAAAAUUCUCUGAAUAGUUAAAUACUUUUGCAAGACACCAAUUCACUUUUUGUGUCUUAUUUCUAUUAGUUAUGUAACCUUGUUUCUGAAUGGCCUGCAGUAGCUUUUAUACAAAUUCAUUUAUUUCAUUUAUAAUUGAGUAAAAUGUUUGGUCAUGUAAUUCCACAGACUUCAUGCUUCUGCACCAUUUUUGUUCUUUGUUUUAGUGAUUGCUUUAACAAAUAAUCUCUCCUUUUUUUCUUUUUUUAAUAAUUAUAAUAUAAACUAAAGUUUUAAUAAUCCAAAAUUAUAGAUUUAUGGAACAAAUGGUGCUGGUUGUCCAGGCACUGGUUUAUGUAUAAUGGUGAGUAUGAAUUAAAAAGCAUUGUUUGUUCCAAGAUCAAGAUUUAAAUAUGUAGUGCUGUGCAUGUCCUAGCGUUAGGUUGUUGAAUGUGGAUGUUUUUUAAAAAUUUAAAUAUUUCAAUAAAAAUGUCAAACA